AUGCUGCUCCCCUCUGGUGCUGACUGCAGCGUACGUGUCUGUGAUGUCAAGACGGGGAUGCGACUACGCAAAUUCCUUGGCCACACGGACGGGUUCCGAUUUCCCCCCUGGUCGCUGAAUGGAGAUUACGUAGCCUCCACUUCGGAUGAUGGUACCAUUCGUGUCUGGAAGGUGGGAGACAGAGACGAGCAGAAACCUCAAAUCCUCGAACAGGGUGAUUGCUUUGCCACGGGCGUCUCCUUUUCCCCCGGUGGGAAGUACAUCGCGACGUGCGGCACCAACGGAAAGAUCAUGGUAUGGGCACCACAACAAGAUGAGAGUGGUUGGAAUCUGCAGCACACGUUCGAGGGCCACAGGGACUACGUGUUGAGCGUUCUCAUCUCCCCGGACUCGAAGCAGAUACUCUCAUCGGGUGCGGAUAAAACAAUCCGAAUCUGGGACAUGGACAGUGGCGAUGACGUAAACAAGGAUUCUCCCAUUAACACUAAGCUACGCAUUUACAAGAUGUGGCUUGAUAAGCACUCGUCGAGCCACGUUAUGACACCAUACGGAGCCAAGUCGCCCGUCAGCGCUUCCUCGGGACCAUCUCAACUUCCUUCAUGGAGUCCGUACUGGAUUUCGUACAACAAGGACGGAGAUGAGGCGUGGGUCAUAUGGCGUGGCAAGAAGGUCAUCUUUCUCCCUAAACAGUUCGGGCCUAGUGCUUGUGGUGUCUUUGGUCACAGAGUUGUAGUUUGCACAGAUUUCGGACAAGUUGGUGUUUACGGAUUUUCCGAGGCCGUGACGGCUGAUACUCGAUGCUAG